ACCUGAUAAAACAUUCGCAAUCCGUCUUUUUGCAUCACAAGUUCCAUCCCAUCAAACCAGCCAAUCACAUAUUCCAAAAGGGCGAAAUAGGGAAACACUAGCAUCUAGCAUCUCAUUACCGCACUGCUUGCACUACUACCGCACGUACAGACAUAUUCAUAUUGCAUUUGCGGCUAACUGCUAUCUCCAAAUCCAUUCACCCCAUUCGCGUUUCUCGCAACAGCGCCAAACGGAGAAGAAACACGGAGCAUUUUAGGUCACUAUCUAGGCCGCCCGUCAUCAACACACCCAACCCAGCGACCAAAAAAUCCUUAUACACCCCCUUCUUGCCACGACCGCACCAAAUAUUUCAAGUAUUUUCUUUUUUCUUUUUUCUUUCUUUUUAUUUACCUUAGACCAACCAAUCAACCAGCCAUGGAGGGAUCGGCCGCGGCGGCGCACCGAAAGAUCGAACUCCAGGCCCCGGAGGAUCUCGCGUACCUGCUGGCCAACGUGCGGCGCGCGGCCGCGGCGCGUCUGGACGAAGCGUUCCCGCCGGUCGAUGCGGCAGGGAGCGGUGCGGCCGCGGAUGGCGACGAGUUGCGGACGAGGAUUGAAGAGCUUGUGAACGAGUACAUCGUCAAAACUUUCACCCUAGCAGGCCCCAACCUCUCCAUCAAUGGCAUGCCCGUGGACACGGCGCACUACCUCUCCGGCAGCCCCUCGGAUCCGCAGCAGCCGGAAGAAGUCUUCGAGCCCUUCGACGCGCGCAAGCGCGCCCGGCUCGAGGAGCUGACGCGCGAGGAGGAGGACCUGCUGCGGGACAUCGCCGCGUUGAAGAAGUCCGUCCCGCACGCCGCAGCCGCCUCCUGGGCCGAAGCCUCGCGCCGCGCCGUCGCCGACGACGAGCAGGCUCUGGCUGCGGUUAACGAGCGCGCCGUCGCUGCUGCUGCGAGCGGCGAGCCUUUGUUGUUAGGUGCUGGCGAUUUAGCCAAGGGCUUGCCUCGACAGGACGAUAUCGAGAGCGGCUACGAGGACGCGGUUAAGGGCCUGGGUAGGUUGAAGCGCGAGAUGCCGUCGGUGGUGGCGAGGAUGGAAAGGGCGCGGGGUGCUGGGGAGUAUGUUGUUACGGAGCGGUGAAUUGUGUACAUAUGAUCUAUCUUCCUUCCUCUCCUCUCCUUUUGCCACCCCCUGCCCUUCCCUUCCCCUCGUCACCCCGUCCCCCUUUUAUCUUGAUUCGUUAGGUACGGAAAUAAAAGCGGUGGGGUGGGUUUCCGAUUUGCGCUGUGGUCCCCGUACCAGAUUUUUCGUGUAUUAGUAUUAGGUGUGCGAGGCGAGACGGAAUGUCUGUGCCGAGAUAUGCGGUAACAAUUACUAGAGGAUUCCAGUCUUUUACAUACUUGGACCUACCUAGAUAGACUAAGGGAUCAAUUACGUUGGUGUUCACGCGGAAUUUGUCACUCUCCAUGGAAUAUCACACA